CUUCCCAUCAGACGACGUUCUUUUGCUUCGCCUUCAGUGUACUCCCUUUGAUUUCUCGCGGCCGAGUUCUGUCUUAGGGGGGAUCGUUCGUCGCUUAGUAAUCAACGAGCUUUCCUUCUCGUCACGGCCGUACCUGCACUGCGCCAAUAAUGGCCUCCACACCACCGCCCGCUGGGGCAUUCGUUGUCCCCGCAGUCCCGCGCUUACCAUCGACCACACGGAACCGGAGCUCGAUCGGCUCGUCUUUUUCCCUAGGCCCACAACCCAUAGUGAGCUCUCUUACUGGCGAAAUGAGCAAUGCCUAUCCAUAUGCCUUGGACCCGAAUUGCUCUAUGCUUCAUAACUCUCCGAGAUCGUCCCCGAGGCGUCAUCGGCGUGCCCAACCCAGUAUCAGUCGUCAUCCACUCGCAAACCACACGGCGGAUGUUUUUCAGGACUCAGAAUUAGGAGGAGAAUCUGAGGAUGGCGAGUGGGGAGUGGUCGACAGGAUGAGGCUGUGGAGGCACGACGCGUUGAUGCAACAUCUAUACGAGACAGCUUCGUUCUGGGGCGACAAGAUCCUCUCGUGGACGAACGAUCCGAACGAUGCAUUCUGGCUAGCCCAGACCUACUUCAUGACUCACCAGUACUCUCGCGCAGAAAGAUUGCUGACGCGUCCGUUCCCCGCUGUCGUACCCUCGCAACCAGGAGAAACUAACGGCGCUGUUCACCCAAUGAGUGGUGUGUCGGGAAUAGGGAGUGUUUUCUUCGACCCAAAGGGCAAGGGCAAGGAAAUCGAGGCACAGGCAGGAUCAACGCCACGACUACCCAUGGGUCCUGCGGCCCUCGUUAAACUUCCCGAAAAGCUUCAAACAAGGGUAUCCAGGCUUGUAGAUAUGAGCGUUGCUUGUCGAUACCUCGCCGCUCAAUGCCAGGUAAGGCAAGGAAACUGGUCUGAUGCAUUGGAGAUUCUUGGAGAGGCGAAUCCUUUCCGUCAUUCGGAACGAAGUGGUGCCGCUGUUCCCAACGUCGAUGGCGGUAUCAAGGUUGAGGCAUCCAUGUGUCAUCUGCGAGGCAUACUUAUGCUGAAGCUUAAUCGUGGAGAACAAGCGAAGUUGUGCUUCAUGGAAGCCCUCACCCUCGACGUCAAGUGCUAUGACGCAUUCAGUCAGCUCAUUGGCGGAGAAAUGAUGACCCCUGACGAAGAGUGGGAGUUCGUUCAGGGUCUUGCCUACAAGCAACAAACGCCAGAUGACGCCGAUUUCAUUCAAUUAAUGUAUACAUCCCGUUUGCGCAAAUACAAACACGCAGAAGAGCACGCUCUCACCCGUCAACGAUUAGUGGAGGAUUACAGGCUUUCCGACAACCCCGAUGUGUUGUAUACCUUCGCAGAUGCGCUGUAUACGCAGCGUCGCUGGGCAGAUUGCUACGCCAUCACCUCAAGGAUUCUUGAGCUCGUGACAUUCCACGAUGCCGCAUUGCCAUUGCAUAUCGCAUGCAUGUAUCACCUUUCCCAUUUGCGAUCAAAACUUUUUGUUUUGGCGCACGAGCUUGUGGACAGAGAACCAGAAAACCCCAUUAGUUGGUACGCUGUUGGGGUAUGGUAUCUCAGUGCCGACAAGUGGUCGCAAGCUAGGCAAUACUUUAGCAAAACUUCUCUGAUGGACCCUCGCUUUGCACCUGCCUGGAUAGCAUUUGCUCAUACGUUUGCAAUGGAAGGAGAACACGACCAUGCCGUAACCGCUUACUCGACCUGCGCGCGAAUGUUUUUGGGCUCACACUUGCCUUUGCUUUUCAUCGGCAUGGAGCAGAUAGUGCUCUCGAAUCACCAGUUAGCCGACGAGGCUUUACAUGCCGCGCACGCUGCGUGUGACAGCGACCCUCUAUUGAUUAACGAGUUGGGAGUGAUGGCUUUCACUCGUGGAGAAUACCAAAAAGCGGCUCAACUAUUUGAGCGCUCGCUCGAGCUCGCACAAAUCACUCAGAGUUCGGAACGAUCGUGGACAGCGACGUAUUUGAAUCUUGGAACAUGCUUCCGGAAGCUCAAAGAUUACGAGAAAGCCAAAAAGAAUUACCAACGGGUUUUGGAGAUAGAACCUCAACAUCGACAAGGUCUAGGCUUCCUUGGAAUGGUGUACCAUUUCCAGGACGAAGUAGAUAGAGCGAUCGUCAAGUACCACGAAGCGCUGAGCAUUGAUCCUAUAAAUAAUCAUAUAAUCGAGUUGCUAAAUCUUGCACUAGAAUCAAAUAUUGCGUGUGGUUCGUGGGAGAGAGUAUAUCCGGGUGGGGAGGAGGCGUUCAGGGACAUGAUGGCUUCGUUGAAAAACAAGUUUACCAAAAAGGGGGUUGAGGCUAGGCCGGGCGAUGGCAACCGCUCGGAGGAAGCUAUGAAUGUUGGUUAAGCACCGCGAUGUGGAGGGGUACAGCUCUGGGACGUAGGUUGCACUAACUUCCAAAAACCACCCAAGUUCCAAAAUGGCUGUAUUUCCACCUAUGCCAGUCGAAGUAUGCCAUGACGCAUGGAGUGGAGUAAAAAGAGGGUAGCCGAGUUCACGGGGUGCCUCAUUUAUCUUUCGGGGUGCGCCCUCCCGUCUGUCUGCCGAGAUGCCGAGGCUACGUUCUCCACAAUAUCUCACCUUGUCGUCCAUACAUGUCCCCACCCGACUAAUCAAAUACACCAGUUGGGCUCCGAGCUUAC